AGUUAAACCCCUCUUUCAUUUUCCCUCCUUCCAGGUUCCAACAAAAAUCUCUCCAUUUGAUCUUCUCUAUAAGAAAACACACUGAAAAAUCAGCAUUCAUCAUUGUCACUAGUAUUUUAUUUAUUUUCAUGCUUCAGUUAACAUUCUCAUGCCUCUCAUAGCAUAUCAAAACUCACCUCUGCUGUAAUUACAGAAUUUUUUUUUUUUUUUUUUUUUGAGUUCUGUAAUUGGUAACUCGAAAAAUGAGUACGGUCGAUAAGAUGCUGAUUAAAGGAAUUCGGAGCUUCGACCCGGAAAACAAACACGUCAUCACCUUCUUCAAGCCUUUGACCUUAAUCGUCGGCCCCAAUGGCGCUGGCAAAACCACGAUUAUAGAAUGCUUGAAGCUUUCUUGCACCGGAGAGUUGCCUCCUAAUGCAAGGUCUGGCCACAGUUUUAUUCAUGAUCCUAAGGUUGCAGGAGAAACAGAGACAAAAGGACAAAUUAAGCUACGAUUCAAGACUGCAGCAGGAAAGGAUGUGGUGUGCAUUAGGUCAUUUCAGCUAACACAAAAGGCGUCGAAAAUGGAAUAUAAAGCAAUUGAAAGUGUGCUUCAAACAAUUAAUCCACAUACAGGAGAGAAAGUUUGCCUUAGCUAUAGAUGUGCUGACAUGGACCGAGAAAUUCCUGCUUUAAUGGGGGUCUCUAAGGCCAUUCUAGAGAAUGUGAUAUUUGUUCACCAAGAUGAAGCUAAUUGGCCACUGCAAGAUCCUUCCACAUUGAAGAAGAAGUUUGACGAUAUCUUCUCUGCCACUAGAUAUACAAAGGCCUUGGAGGUCAUUAAAAAACUUCACAAGGAUCAGGCCCAAGAGAUAAAGACAUAUAAACUAAAAUUGGAGAAUCUUCAGACUUUGAAGGACUCUGCAUAUAAGCUUCGAGAAAGCAUUACUCAAGAUGAAGAAAGAACAGAAUCUUCAAAAGUCCAAAUUCAAGCUUUAGAAAACAAAGUUCAGAAUGUUGAUGUGAAAAUUCAUCAAAUUCAAACAACUCUGAAAGAUUUGAGAAAUCUACAGGAGAAGAUAAUGACAAAAACUGUGGAAAGGAGAACUUUGUUUAAGGAGCAGCAGAGACAGUAUGAAGCCCUUGAGGAGGAAAAUGAAGACCCUGAUGAAGAUAUGAUGGAAUGGAAAACCAAGUUCGAUGAAAAGGUUGCUCAGAUGGAAUCUAGCAUUAGCAAGCUGAAGAGGGAAAAGAAUGACACAGAGAUAAAAACUUCUUUUCUUAAGGAGAAUAUUACUGAGUAUAUUCGAGAGAUUAGCAGGCUUCAGACUGAAGCUGAAGCCCACAAUUCCUUGAAGAAUGAAAGAGAUUCCACCAUCCAAAAACUUUGCGCAAGACAUAAUUUAGGGUCUCUUCCACAAGCCCCUUUAAGUGAUGAUAUUGCUUUGAACCUUACAAACAGACUAAAAUCAAGGUUGACUGAUCUCAGGAAGGAUUUACAAGAUAAAAAGACAUCAAAUGAUACUGAAGUGAAGACAGCAGAAGACUGUUAUUUGGAUGUAAAUGAUCGUUGGAAACACAUCGAUGCUCAGAAGCAGGCUAAAAGAGAGAUCAAGAAUGGCAUUUUGGAUCGCAUUACAAAAAAGGAACAUGAUCGUGCCUCAUUUGAAGAAGAAAUUUCGCAUGUUAAUCUUUCUCAUAUUGAUGAAAGAGAAAAGAAUAUGCGAAUUGAAGUUGAAAGAAAGACAAACCAACUUGCUGAAAGAGCAUUUGAAUCAAACAUUCGUCAAAAGCAAACCGAGCUUUAUGGCAUAGAGCAAGAAAUCAAGGCACUCGAUGGGGAGAAGGACAUCUUGGCUAUAUAUUCUGAGGACAGAGUGAAACUUUCCUUGAAGAAGGCAGACUUGGAGAAUCACAAGAAGAAGCACAAAAAAAUAAUUGAUGAACACAAGGAUAGAAUCAGAGGAGUGCUGAAAGGGAGGGUUCCUUCUGAUAAGGAUAUGAAGAAGGAAAUUACCCAAGCCUUAAGGGCUCUUGCGGUGGAAUUUGAUGACUUAAACUCAAAGUCCCAUGAAGCUGAGAAGGAGGUAAAUGUGCUGCAGAUGAAAAUACAAGAAGUUAAUAAUAACCUGUCCAAGCUGCGCAAGGAUAUGGAUUCAAGAAAGAGGUUUAUUGAAUCCAAACUCCACUCGCUGGAUCAACAAUCUCUUACUGUUGAUUGUUACCUCAAAGUUUUGGGCUCAGCUAAAGAUAAAAGAGAUGUCCAGAAAAGCAAGUACAAUAUUGCAGAUGGUAUGCGGCAGAUGUUUGAUCCCUUUGAAAGAGUAGCCCGUGCUCAUCACGUGUGCCCUUGCUGUGAGCGCCCUUUCUCUGCUGAAGAAGAAGAUGAGUUUGUUAAAAAGCAAAGAGUGAAGGCUGCAAGUUCUGCUGAGCACAUGAAAGUGUUGGCUGCGGAGUCGUCCAAUGCGGAUUCUAAUUUUCAGCAGCUGGACAAGCUUCGUAUGCUUUAUGAGGAAUUUGUCAAAAUUGAAAAGGAAACAAUUCCUCUUGCAGAGAAAAAUCUGCAUGAUCUUACUGAAGAGCUGGAUCAGAAGUCUCAAGCCCUUGAUGAUGUCUUGGGUGUUUUAGCUCAAAUAAAAGCUGACAAGGACUCAGUUGAGGCCUUGGUGCAACCUGUUGAAACUGCUGAUAGGCUUUACCAAGAAAUCCAAACUUGGCAAAAGCAAGUUGAUGAUUUGGAGUAUAAGCUUGACAUUCAAAGGCAAGGUGGCAGAUCAAUGGAAGAAAUUCAUUCAGAGCUAAGCAGUUUGCAGGAUACAAAAGAAGCUUUGCAUAAUGAACUGGAGAAACUAAGGGAUGAACGGAGGUAUAUGGAAAAUGAUUUGUCACACAUUCAGCAAAAAUGGCAUGCCCUGAGGGAGGAGAAAAUUAAGGCGGACAACACUUUACGUAAUGUCAAAAAGGCAGAAGAAGAAUUGGAACAUUUGAUUGAGGAGAAAAACCAAGUUGAGCUUGAUGAAAAGCAUUUGGCAGAGGCUCUUGUCCCUUUAUCUAAGGAGAGAGAAAAAUUACGGAGUUACAACAGUGAAUUGAAAGUCAAACUUGAGCAGGAACUUGAGGAGCAGAAAAAAGAAUUAGACAGUUAUCAGUGGGAUGUUGACACACUGCUUAAGAUUAAUUCUAAAAUUAAGGAGUAUAAUGAUUUAAAGAAGAGGGAGAGAUUGAAGGAGAUGCAAGAAAAGCUAUCGCUAUUGGAGUCUCAGCUUCAAAGUUGUGAUGAUAGGAAGAAGGAGAUUUUAGAUGAAUUAAACAAAUGCGAGAAUGCUAACCAGAACCAAGAGUCACUAUACAGAAAAAUUCAAGACAACUUGAAUUACAGGAAAACAAAGGCUGAAGUGGAUAAGCUCACCCAAGAGAUUGAAUCACUGGAAGAGGAAAUGCUGAAGAUUGGUGGAGUUUCUACAUUCGAAGGCGAACUUGCAAGACACCUGCAAGAACGAGAAAGUCUUCUUUCAGAGCUAAACAAGUGUCGCGGUACAAUGUCAGUUUAUCAAAGCAAUAUUUCAAAGAAUAAAGUUGAUCUUAAACAGGCUCAAUACAAGGAUAUUGACAAGCGGUACUUUGACCAGCUAAUUCAGCUAAAGACAACUGAAAUGGCAAACAAGGACCUGGACAGAUAUUACAAUGCACUCGACAAAGCACUCAUGCGCUUCCACACAAUGAAGAUGGAGGAGAUAAAUAAAAUCAUUAGGGAAUUGUGGCAACAAACAUACAGAGGACAGGAUAUAGAUUACAUUAGUAUUCAUUCAGAUUCUGAAGGUGCUGGGACUCGUUCUUACAGCUACAAGGUUGUAAUGCAAACUGGAGAUGCAGAGUUAGAAAUGAGAGGAAGGUGUAGUGCUGGUCAGAAGGUCCUUGCUUCCCUGAUCAUUCGGUUGGCUUUGGCUGAGACGUUUUGCCUCAACUGUGGAAUACUAGCUUUAGAUGAACCCACAACAAACUUGGAUGGCCCAAAUGCAGAGAGUCUUGCUGCAGCUCUUCUUAGAAUUAUGGAGGAUAGAAAGGGGCAAGAGAAUUUUCAACUGAUUGUAAUUACUCAUGAUGAGCGAUUUGCUCAACUAAUUGGUCAGCGACAGCACGCAGAAAGAUACUAUCGAGUAGCAAAGGAUGAUCACCAGCAUAGCAUAAUCGAAUCCCAAGAGAUUUUCGAUUGACAAUACAAAUUGGGGAAGAAAGCAUCCUCUGUUCAGAUGGAAAAACACAUAGAAUAUUGAGUUGGAAAGGGAAAGCCGAGAAGUCAAUUUUGCAUAUGUAAGAUGUAGAGUAAAUUAAUCAUCAUGCAAUAAUUUUACCUGUGAUAACUGUUCAAAUAUUCGUUGAUUUAAAAACUGGUUCUUCAUGAAA